AUGAGUGGCGAAAAUGAGUAUGAAGACGACUUCCUGAGCUAUCAGUCUGAUUUUGAUCCAUCUUCUGAGCAAGAUAGUCCACAGCAGACUUUAAAGGAGGCGUACCAGGCUCUCGAGCUCAAGGGCAAUGCAUAUACGGCCCCAUCAAAUAUCACCAUCUCACAAGGAACGAUAGCCUUCUCACAGCCCCCCAUGGACUAUCGCAAGAAGUGCAUUGAAGGAAUCUGCAAGGAACAAUUUGUCAGAACGCUGCAACAGUUUGUUUCUCGAGGAACCUCCACAUACCAUGCUACCGAGUCUAUCACCAGAGGAGUCCAGAUGCCGUCUCUCCUGACCAAUCACGGGUUUGAUCAGGGCGGAGUUACCUUGGCUGAGUCUCUCAUGACCAUUGCCUUGACUGGUCAGGCCAAGAGUAGCGACAUGGAAGAUCUGCCUGCGCAGACUGCACAGGUACGCAACAAAUCCAUCCUGAGGAAUUUAAAUAUGAUGAAGGAGAAGCUCAUCACUCGGGGGACUCGCGAGACUAGGAUGGGGUUUCUGAUGGAGCAGUGCGUGCCAUUUCCUGGGGGCUUUGUAGCACUCAUAGCCGUAAAGCUUCUCGAGGAAGAGCUUGAGGAGUCGUAUCCUUUAGAAGAGGAGGUUUACUAUCCAUUGAAUAGAGUCCUUAUGUACCAAUUUCUUCUUAUCUCGUGUGAUUUGUCUCUUACAGUUACACACAUCUACACUGGGAGAUCGGGCGCGCAGCAGCGUAUGCCAGUCGACUUUAUUUUAGUGCCAAGUGAAAACGAUAUACCCCCAAGAAUCGUCUUGUUCUCCCGGCGCAUUAGCCACAUGGGGAAGGACACGACUCAACCAAAAAGACCGUAUGCAAGUAACGACAUAUCUAUUCUCACCGUUCCAUUCCUAGAGGGAUUCUACGAGGUCCCAUAUAAGCCCUCAGACAACUUCUCUCCGCCCCCAAGCAAAAUCCUAUGGCGCGUAGCGCACAGAGUGGCCAAGAAUAUUACAGUUAUUGGCCUAGGCGAUGACGGCUCGCUCUAUUCUUGGGUGUAUGACGACCUAAACUGUGAAAUCUCCGUUUGCCCGGUUACAAUUGGAUCACUCGCAGAUGGGAUUGCCGUCCUCUCCAUUCAUAGCAUUUCGUUUUCAUCACACUCUGCAGACAAGAAUGUACUUAUGCAUAUGACAAACGGAACACUCUUAGUCGUACAAUUCAUGGCACACCAUGCACUUGCUUCAGAGAUUCAACGGUUACUCGAGUCAUGUUCGGCUGUCUCCACUAUCGCGCCAGGCACGGCCUUAAGUCAGAAUGCAUAUUAUAAUCCUCUACACACUGCAGUGCGGUCUGUCAAACGAAUUCCACACGUGACUAUCAGGUCAGCAUCAGCUCUAUAUAACGGUAUAACAUGUAUACAGUAUACAGAUGGGGUGAUUGAGUGCUUUGGACCUGCCAUUAGCGAGCGCCUGGGAGUAUGUCUGAUGCGCAAGGAUGGACUAGACGUUCUUAUGGGAUUUAUUUCUGAGGCCACCGCAGAGAGGAUCCAUAAGGAACUUCAGGACUGA